AUGCAGGCAGAUUCCCAACACUGCGUGUGGUACGGCGAGUGUGCCCAGUUUGGAAAGAAAUACAACUGUAACUACACUGGCGCUCCGAUUUCUCUGGACCCAGAAGGCUAUGAACUUAUUACAGAACUGUGCCCUGGUUAUAAUUAUGGAACCCGGAAACUGUGCUGCGAUGUGAACCAGUUGCGUACCCUCAAAGGGAGUCUCCAGCUGCCCCUGCAGUUCUUGUCCCGGUGUCCAUCGUGUUUCAGCAACUUGAUGAACCUCUUCUGCGAGCUGACGUGCAGCCCGCAUCAGAGUCAAUUCAUGAAUGCCACCAAAUUCAACAGCUCCAGCGUGGUAGAAGUUCAGUACUACAUCGGACAAACAUAUGCUAACGCCAUGUACAACGCCUGCAGAGACGUACAAGCGCCGUCCAGCAACGUGAAGGCCUUGUCGUUGCUGUGCGGCAGGGCUGCCAAGGACUGCAAUGCCACCAACUGGAUCCAGUACAUGUUUAACAUAGACAAUGGACAGACUCCAUUUCCUAUAAUACCAAUAUUCUCAGAUGUUCCGGUAUCUGGCUACAUACCCAUGAACAACAAGACGUAUGAUUGCUCCGAAGGCCUGGAUGAUGGUUCAGGUCCUUGCUCCUGCCAGGAUUGCACCAAAACCUGUGGGCCCAAGCCUGUCCCACCACCAAUCCCCCCUCCAUGGACCAUUAUUGGAAUGGACGCGAUGACCGUCAUCAUGUGGAUCUCUUACAUUGCAUUUCUGUUCGUGUUUAUUGGCACAGUGCUCGCAGCAUGGUGUUACAGGAAAAGGACGAUCAUGUCGGAGUACGGGCCCAUAUUGGAUAGCAAUAACCCCUUAUCUCUCAACAGUGACAAUCCUGAAGCAGUAAACGCGUCAUGCUGCGAGACGCUCGGCGAGCGUUUCGAGAACUCGCUGCGGGUGACCUUUAGUUCGUGGGGCUCGUUCUGCGUGCGCUACCCAGGUCUGGUCAUUCUGGCCAGCGUGCUCUUGGUGUCGGCCUCAUCAGCCGGUCUGGUCUACAUGCGCAUCACCACCGACCCCGUGGAGCUGUGGUCGUCGCCCGGCAGCCGGGCGAGACAGGAGAAGGACUACUUCGACAGCCACUUUGGGCCUUUUUACAGGACAGCUCAGCUUAUCAUUACCACGCCGCUCAACGAGACCUUUAUCUACCAACCCUACUUCGGAGGGUCCGAUGUCCCCUUUGGUGCCAUCUUGGAUAAGGGUAUCCUACAUCAGGUGCUCGAUUUGCAGCUUGCCAUUGAGGCACUCGUCGCCCAAUAUGAUGGCCAAAAUAUUACGCUGAAGGACAUCUGCCUGGCCCCGCUGGCCCCCUACAACAACCACUGCACCAUCUUGAGCAUCCUCAACUACUUUCAAAAUAGCCAUGAGGUGCUGGAUCACUGGCAAGGCGAUGACUUUUGGACCUACGCUGACUUUCACAGCCACUUCCUCUACUGUGUCAGCGCACCAGCAUCCCUCAAUGACACGACGGCCUUGCACGAUCCAUGUCUUGGCACUUUUGGAGGGCCCAUCUUCCCGUGGCUGGCCCUGGGUGGCUAUGACUCCACCAACUACAACAAUGCGACCGCGCUUGUCAUCACCUUCCCGAUUAACAACUACCUUAAUGACACUGUCAAGUUGGGUAAAGCUCUUGCAUGGGAAAAAGAAUUCAUUCGUUUCAUGAAAGAAUUCAAGAACCCCAAUCUGACCAUCGCCUUCAGCGCUGAGAGGAGCGUCGAGGACGAAAUCAACCGAGAGAGCAACAGCGAUAUCAGCACCGUCGUCCUUAGCUAUGCCAUCAUGUUUGUCUACAUCUCUCUAGCAUUAGGACACAUUAACAGCUGCAGGAGACUGCUGGUUGACUCCAAGAUUUCUCUGGGCAUAGCGGGCAUCCUGAUCGUGCUAAGCUCGGUGGCAUCCUCGCUAGGCAUCUUCAGCUAUUUUGGCAUCCCCCUCACCCUAAUCGUCAUUGAGGUCAUCCCCUUCCUGGUGCUGGCUGUCGGUGUGGACAACAUUUUCAUUAUUGUGCAGACGUACCAGAGGGAUGAGCGGAUGCCUCAGGAGGAACUUCACCAACAGAUUGGACGCAUCCUCGGAGAUGUCGCACCUAGCAUGUUCCUGUCGUCCUUUUCUGAGACUGUGGCCUUCUUCCUUGGAGCGCUGUCCAACAUGCCUGCAGUCAGGACCUUCUCCCUCUUUGCUGGCUUAGCUGUUUUUAUUGAUUUCCUGUUGCAGAUCAGCUGCUUUGUCAGCCUAUUGGGUUUAGACCUGAAGAGGCAGGAAGCGAACCGCUUGGAUAUCAUCUGCUGCGCAAAGUUGCCCGAAGGUCAGGAAGAAAAGACGGAAAGCUUCCUUUUCCGCUUUUUCAAGAAGAUCUAUGCACCAUUCAUCCUCAAAGAGUGGGUGCGACCCAUCAUUGUGGCUGUGUUUGUGGGAGCCCUAUCUUUCAGUAUCGCUGUGGUUAAUAAAGUUCAGAUUGGACUGGAUCAGCAGCUCUCCAUGCCUGAUGACUCGUAUGUGUUGGAGUACUUCAAAAACCUGAGCCAAUAUCUUCACACGGGAGCUCCGGUUUAUUUUGUCGUGGAGGACGGCCUCAACUACAGCAGCCUUGAGGGUCAGAAUGCUGUAUGCGGUGGCGUGGGAUGUAACAAUAAUUCGUUGGUGCAGCAGGUCUACUCUGCAUCGCUCAUCAGCAACUAUUCCACCAUCGCUUUCACGCCUUCCUCCUGGAUUGACGACUAUUUCGACUGGGUGAAGCCACAAUCCACCUGCUGCCGUUAUUACAACACUACAGGAGCCUUCUGUAAUGCUUCGGUGGUGGACCCAUCAUGUGUACAUUGUCGACCCUUGACGCAAAGCGGAAAGCAGAGGCCCGUGGGCGAAGACUUCAUGCAAUUUCUUCCCAUGUUCUUGUCAGACAAUCCUAAUGUCAAGUGUGGAAAAGGCGGCCAUGCAGCCUACGCUGCAGCAGUGGAUAUAUAUCCCAACAACACCCAGGUGGGAGCCAGCUACUUCAUGACCUUUCACACCAUUCUAAAAGAGUCGUCGGACUACAUCAACUCUUUGAAAAUGGCCCGUGUCUUGGCUGAUAACAUCAGUCAGACCCUGGAUCACAAAGUUUUUGCCUACAGCGUCUUCUACGUGUUCUACGAGCAGUACCUGUCCAUCGCACACGACACAGCCUUCAACCUCAGCGUGUCGCUGGGCGCAAUCUUCGUGGUGACCACCAUACUGCUGGGAUUCGAGCUGUGGUCGGCCGUGCUGGUGUGCGCCACCAUCGCCAUGAUCCUGGUCAACAUGUUCGGCGUAAUGUGGCUUUGGAACAUCAGCCUCAAUGCUGUCUCACUUGUCAACCUGGUCAUGGCUUGUGGGAUAUCUGUGGAGUUCUGCAGUCAUCUGGCUCGUGCAUUUUCCAUAAGCAUGAAAAAAAGCAGAGUAGAACGAGCUGAGGAGGCGCUGGCGCACAUGGGAAGCUCAGUGUUUAGCGGGAUCACACUGACAAAGUUUGGCGGCAUCCUCAUCCUGGCGCUUUCCAAGUCCCAGAUCUUCCAGGUGUUCUACUUCCGUAUGUACUUAGCCAUCGUGCUGCUGGGAGCUGCGCACGGCCUCAUUUUUCUGCCCGUGCUACUCAGCUACAUAGGUCCUUCAGCAAACAAAGCAAAGGUGUUCGCAGCCAACAGGCGCUUCGUCGGGACUGAAAGGGAGCGACUCCUCAAUUACUAA